AUGACGAGGUCCAACGACAGCCAGAAGAUCAUCGUGGUUGGCAUCCCCAAGACGCUGGACGACGCGCAGCUGUCGGACCUGUUCAGCGACUUCGGCGCCGUGGCCGAGGCCAAGGUGGUGCUGGACGCGGCCUCGAACGCGUCGCGCGGCUUCGGCUUCGUGACGUUCACGGCCGGGUCGGCCAUGCGCGCGGCCAUCAAGGCCAUGGACAAGAAGGUGGUGCAGGGCCGCACGCUCAACGUGCGGCAGCUCGUGCCCAAGGACAAGUUCCAG